UACUUUUUAAUUUCUUUUUUCAGCAAGAAACAUGCCUCAGAACUCGCAGUACGGCUUCUGAAGGUCACUGACGCACUUCUGCAAAGCAGUUAUUGCCCGGUUCCAGUUAGUGUCAUGUAUACGAGAACAUUAAAAUGGAUUUUUUUGUUUCUCCUUGUAUUUUCUGUCGUAACAAUCUGGUACGUAACUUUUUCUUCCAAUGCUGCGAUUGAGCAUGCAAACCUCAUGUAUUUCUAUGAAUAUGAACCGAUUUACAAGCAACACUACCUCUUCACACUGCGGGAGCGCUUGAAGUGCCAAGACAUAAAUCCGUUUCUAGUCAUCUUGGUGUCUUCAAGUCCUAAGGACGUGAAGUCAAGGCAGGCCAUCAGGAUAACAUGGGGAUCUCAAAACUUCUGGUGGGGACAUCGGAUUCUGACCCUGUUCUUACUGGGUCAGGACACUCAAAGACAAGACGAUGCUGCAGCGCUGUCGGUAGAAGACGAAAGCACCCUCUACGGUGACAUAAUUCGCCAAGAUUUCACGGACACUUAUGACAAUCUCACCUUGAAAACGAUCAUGGCGUUCAGGUGGGUCACUGAGUUCUGUUCAAAUGCGAGAUUCCUCAUGAAGACUGAUGCUGAUGUCUUCAUCAACACUGCUAACUUGGUGAAAUUUCUCCUGAAGCUAAAUUCCUCAGAAAAUGUUUUUACUGGUUAUCCUCUUAUUGAUAACUUCGCCUACAGAGGCUUUUACAAAAAAACAUACAUCUCUUACGAUGAAUAUCCAUUCAGGUUGUAUCCUCCAUAUUGCAGUGGGAUGGGUUAUAUCUUGGAUGGAAAACUGGCUCUGAGGAUUUACAAGCUGAUGAGUCAUAUCAAACCUAUUAAAUUUGAGGAUGUUUAUGUUGGAAUUUGCUUAAAUAUACUUAAAGUGAACAUCAGUAUUCCAGAAGACAAACAACAAUUCUUUCUUUACAGAAUUAAUUUUGAUAUCUGUAAGUAUAGACAUUUGAUUGCAGUACAUGGCAUUACACCAAGUGAAAUAAUCGGGUUUUGGCAGGAUUUGUCAUCAAACACUUCAGUUACUUGCCUUUGAUUCUGUAUUAAUUUAUAAAAAUAAGAGCUAUUUGGUGUAAAAACAUUUAAAGUAGAGGGCAACACAAAACAAAGUUCUAGAGAUGACUUGGACUGAAGGAGGGCUGUGCUGCUGGGGCAAGACUACAGCAGCUUUUCUCUGGGACGUUGCAACAUUCUUAAAUAAAAAUGUUAGGGAUUCACAGAGCACUUUUUCAUGUAUGUAUCCUACGCAUGCAGGAUACUUUGGAAUACACUGUCCUCUCUUCCUCAUGACGCUUCUCCACGUCAUCUGCUGUAACCACGGGAUUUCUACCUGAAUCUUCAGGAGCGUAUGAAGUGUCACCAAGGAAUUAUGUUGAUGCCAAGAAACUGGCUUGGAAGAUGCUUCCCAAAUUCCGACCUGUUGGGUUUUUUUUAUUGUUUUUGCAAUGGCAUCGUCCUUUGCCACCCUCAAGUAUUUGUUCUCUGCCCAGCACAAGACUAAUGACGACUUUCUUAUUUCAGUGUAUCACCUCUAAUCCUUCUGAGAGAGUUACACCUGCUUAUUUAAACAUACCGCCUCCGUAAUCGUUCUGAGAGCAUUACAAGCCUGUGGUUCUUGUGGGGUCUGCAGAAGCUGAUGGGAAAUUCUAAAAAUGUGAUGCACUUUGUGUGUAUGUAUCUAUAUACAUAUAAAAUCAAAUCGCUUCGGUGUCUUUGAUAAUGUUCACAGACUACUAGAGGGCUAGAGUUUGCAUGCGGUUUAGUUACUUGACAUCUCUAAUACCGCGGGAUAAUCAAAACUCACGUAUAUACACACAUACCUGUGUGUGUACUGAUGCAUCCUGAGAGUUCUGGAACUCCACAGGGAAGAUUAAAAUAGAUGCAUUUAUAUUGUGACUUUAUAUCUGUUUCUAAAAUAGCUUUCGUUCUUCAAGUUUUAAAAUGUAAAAAGUACGAAAUUGUAAGAUUCAUACUUCUUAAAGAAGACAAACACUGCUAUAUUUGUAAAGACGCGUAUUUUAAUCACUUUAUUCAUAAUCAGCAAGGCCAAGUUUUCAGUAGUUUACACUUCUAAUAGACAACAAUACAGAAUUUGCAAUCGCAUUAACAUAAUUAUUUUUGACACAUCCACUACACGGUGAAGAUACUAUAGUUACAUCCUGUACAUCUAGAAUGACAGAGCACUGCCACCUUAUUCGUACUACAGCGAAGAUGUUAUGAUGUAUUUACAUUUGGCUGUCUUUCAGAUAGUCUCUUAGAGACAAAUUAGAAGAGGUGCAGAAACCUCCAGUACCAAGUUUGAGGUUUCACCAGGUUUUUUGUUACAUUGUGAUUAUGGUCAGUACUGAAUUUUGAACUGCGCGUGGUUUUAUGAUGGAAUUAUAGGACGUGUUAUUUUUUUUUAGAUAUAAAAAUGAGGUCUUGGGGAGAAUACUCUCUAGACAAGUAUUUCGGAUGUCGGUGUUCUAAGAGCGGAUGUUAAGAAGGUCAAAGUUUUUAAAAAAUAGAUUUUUUUUUUGUUCAACUAAAUAGCUAAAGAUACAGUAUUGCAUAACUGAGGGAAGAAUGCCGUUGUAUUUCUAGAACCAGAGGUAAAACUACGCUCUUCCUAUGGUUUUAGGAUCUGUUAUUUGAUUGUGGUACUGCGGUCAGAUCCUGAGAGCUCUGUGAGAAAUGUUUAACAACUUCUUUGAUUGUUUAUACAUCUUAAAAAAAACCCCAACCAACCAACCACCCUCCAUUUGUUUUGUAAGCCUGCCAUGUUAAAUAUUUAGAAAUAAAUUAUUUGUCACAAGAACACUGAUAUUACAGCACGGUUUGUAUUGCUUUUUCAAAAAAACCAACGUAAUUAUGAAAGACUAUGUGAUCUUCAGAAACUGGAUAGAUAAAGCCCGCGGUGCUCCUGUUGAGAGAGUAAGAAACGAGUCUCAUGGAGAAAUGGCUGUGCAGAACUGCCAUAAAAAUGCAGCUGUCACCAAGGAAGGUAUGUUUUAUAUCUGUGCCCCAGAACGAUAGCACUGAUCAUAGAUGACAAGGCUUUUGCUUUCACAAAGGCGGGUUUAUGCACAGUGAUCUGUUUCUGCCACCUGGAAUUGUAAUUUAAAGUGACAUCAAUUCUGCAAGAAACUUGCAUUGUAAAAUAUUCCUGCUCUUUUUUUUUAAAAAAACCAACCCCUCAUUUCCAAAUCUGGUUUGUAUUUGAGUCUGACCUUAUUAUUGCUUAAAUGAUCAUAAAAAUUCAUAACUAAGCUAAUGUUUCUGCUUAAAGCAGAUACCAGGAAAGCUUCCAGUGUGAGCAGCCAUGCAAGAGGUAAAAAAAGCUUAAGAUUGAACUAAUACAAGCAUUAAAGUCAGUGGUGGGCCCAAAUUUUAUUGCAUCUGCCUACAUUAUUGUACUAAAAACGAAGCCUAAACCACAGGCUAAGAUUUGUCCAAAUCCUAAGAUGAUUCUUCUCUGCAGGCAAGUGGUUCAGAAAGCUGCAUUCAAUGAGAAUUCAAGCACUUGUGAUUUUGAUACAAAAAUUGUGGGGCUUUCUGACUUGAAAAGCCUAAUCAUCAUAAUCCAUUGGUCAAAGGUGUUUGCAAACUGCUGCUGGGCGGAUCGCAAAAUGGGCUUAAAAUGUAAAAUCUCAAGCCUGUGUUGCCUGUGUAUUAGUUCAGAAGACUUAAAAAGUCAAAAUGCUUCAGUGUUUUGUGUGCAUUCUAGAACAAACAAGUUCAAAAUAAACCAUGAAAUAGUGCAUGCUGCAAAUUUAAGGGCAUUAUUCUCUACGAUCAGUUCAGCAUUAACAGGACAUAGACGGUUUGGAACAUUUCCUACGUUUUACCUUAGGUUUUCUAGUUACUACUAAAGCAUUUCAAUGCAAGUUCAUUGUAACUCACCACUGCCUGGAUGCACAAUAAAUGAUGUAAUUUCAGCGUAUUUCUUUCACAUUUACACUAGGAACUGAUGGAAGGUUAACCAAAUGCCAUGACAUGAGUUCCUGAUCCGCUUCUGUUGGGUAUGUUGGGGAUGUUGAAGGAGUUCGGGAGGCAGAGCGUUGCUCCCUAUUUUUCAAAUUUUCAUUAAUUUCCACUUUUGUCGGAGUAGCCUAUACCAUUUUGGUCAUUUAUUAAGUACUUUACAGUUUGCUUAAGAUAGUGGUGGUAGGGAAAGAGAUGUACAGCUUUCUGCCGUCUCUGUUAAAUUAAGCUCGUCAGGUUUUAAUGCAGUUACUGUGUAUUGCAUAUUAAGCAAAUCCAAACAUUAAUAUGCAUAUUAACCAUAUCCAAAGACAAGUACUCCGUGUAGGAAGGAAAGAAAGUUAAAAUGAAGCUAAGCAGAUGGUUGGGUUUGGUGUUCUGCUUUUUUUUCAUGUGUAGUUGAGUCCACGUUUUAAAGAAACGUAAAAUUGUAAAAGUAAACCUAAAAUUGUAGAACAAAACCAAACCACCCCCCCUCUAUUUAUAUAUUGGGUUUCUGAAAAUCCUAAAGCUGCUUUCUUUCACAGGACUAGAGAAAGUAUAGUCUCUCUGAAACGCUGCUGCUACAUGAUUCUUAGCUAAAGGCAGCAUCGACCUGCAGCUUGUAUGAGGAAAUACCACCUGUGGUACAGUAUCGUUUGUCUCACCUGCCGUUAUGGGACUCUGGGACUUCGUUUUCCUCCUAUAAAAUAAGGACGUA